AUGUAAAAUGAAAUAUCGAAAUUGAAAUGCUAAAUACAUUAGGAAAAUAAGGUGCAAUUCAUUUGUAUGAGUACAGAGUGCUAAGCCUCAAAAUUAUGCUGCUUAAAUUGUCAAGAAAUUCAUGAUAUACACCAUGAUUCUUUGAAAGACAUUGAUUGUGCUUGGGAAGAAAUAAUAUAACAUAAAUAACAAUAGAUUGAAUUAAAUAAAACUUUAGAAAAUUUUUGGUCAUAAAUCUAAGUCAUUUUCCCUUAAUUAGAUAAGAUCAUAAGUUUUAAUAGAUUUUUAGGUUUUAAUCUUAUAUUUAUAGAGCAAUUUAUAGUAGAAUUAGAAAAGGAAUUAAAAUAGUAAUUGAAUUGUUAAGACUUAGAUUAAAUAAUCUAAAAGCACAAAGCAAUCUUUGUGUUAUUCGAUGAAAAAGUUUAAAUUUGUAAAAAAAAAUACUGUAUUAAUAAUCUAUUUAAAUAAAGGUUAACCUAAUGAAUUAGAUGUGGAUAAGAUGUUAUCACUUUUUGAUGAUGCAAGAAAAUUAUAUAAAAAAGGUGAUAAGUAAAAUGCAAUUGAUAAAUAUACUGAAGUGUUGGAGUUAAAUGAAAAUUUUAUAUUUGCAAGAUUAGAUAGAGGUUGAAAUGAUUAAUUUUAAUAAAUUAGGAAAAAUGAAUCUAGGUUUGAAUUAUGAAUAAGCAUAAUUUGAUUAUGAAGAAGUCUUAAAACAAGAUGAUCGAAAUUUCAGAGCUUUAAAAGGAUUAGGUAAUGAAAAUUUUUUAUAUUAGCUAUCUGUUAAAAAAUGAAAUGCAAUUAUAGUGAUGCUUUAUUUUAUGCUUAGAAAGGUCAUAAAUAGAACAGCUAUUCUACUCACCUUGUCUUUCAUUUAGGUAUUUUUGUUGUCAUGCAUAGCUGAUUGUUACAAGUUUGAAGGCAGAAGUCAAUAGGCCUUACACUUCAUUAAUUUAGCAAUAGGUUAGAAGAAAAGAAAAUAUGAGAAUAAAAUGAAAGUUUAUUAUAAAAAUAAAGGUAGAUUCGUUUAAUUAAAUUAGCUGAAAUACAUCUUGGUCUAAAUGAUAUAUAAAAUGCAAAUUUCUUCAUAAAUAAAGCAUUAGAUAUAUAUUAACAUUAUGAAAUAGCAAUAAAUAUCAAAGGUACUCAAAAGUUUCAUUCUUUUAGAGAGAAUUAAUAAGAUUGCAAAAAUGUAGAAUGUAAUUUUGUGA